GCGGGUGGAGCAGCCGGACGGCUGAUGCUGUGGGACCGCUGCUCUCUCCAUGUGUUUGUGUUGCAGAGGGUAGACACAUGGAGGUUUUAGCUGAAGAGUUUGGGAAUCUCUCCAAGGAGCAGCUUGCUGCACCCAUUGAUACCGUGGAGGAAAAAUGGAAACUACUGCCAGCUUUUUUGAAGGUGAAAGGACUCGUGAAGCAACACAUAGACUCCUUCAAUUAUUUCAUCAAUGUUGAGAUUAAGAAAAUAAUGAAAGCAAAUGAGAAAGUAGUAAGCGACGCAGACCCGAUGUGGUACUUAAAGUACCUUAAUAUUUAUGUGGGUGUUCCCGAUGUUGAAGAAAGUUUUAAUGUAACCCGACCAGUGUCACCCCACGAGUGCCGUCUCAGAGACAUGACCUAUUGCGCAUCAAUAACCGUAGAUAUUGAAUACACCAGAGGAAGCCAGCGAGUUAUUCGUAACGCUUUACCUAUUGGCAGAAUGCCGAUCAUGCUACGCAGCUCUAACUGUGUCCUCGCGGGAAAGACUCAGGCUGAGUUUGCCAAACUAAAUGAGUGUCCUUUGGACCCAGGGGGCUACUUCAUCGUGAAAGGAGUAGAAAAGGUUAUUCUGAUCCAAGAACAGUUGUCCAAAAAUAGGAUUAUCGUGGAACAAGACCGGAAAGGAGCCGUCGGGGCGUCGGUGACCAGCUCUACCCAUGAGAAGAAGAGCAGGACUAAUUUAGUCAUGAAGCAGGGAAGAUUCUAUCUGAAGCACAACACGCUAUCCGAAGACAUCCCUAUCGUCAUUAUUUUCAAGGCCAUGGGCGUCGAAAGCGACCAAGAAAUUGUCCAAAUGAUUGGCACGGAGGAGCACGUGAUGGCGGCUUUUGGCCCUAGUUUGGAGGAGUGCCAGAAAGCCCAAAUCUAUUCACAGAUGCAGGCUUUAAAGUACAUCGGUAACAAAAUCCGACGGCAGAGGAUGUGGGGAGGUCCGAAGAAGUCCAAGGUUGAGGAAGCACGUGAGCUUUUAGCAUCAACAAUCCUGACGCACGUACCUGUGAAAGAAUUCCAUUUCAGAGCUAAAUGUAUCUACACCGCCGUGAUGGUCCGCCGGGUGAUUUUGGCUCAAGGAGAAAAUAAAGUUGAUGAUCGGGAUUAUUAUGGCAACAAGCGAUUGGAGUUGGCCGGCCAACUGCUGUCUCUUUUAUUUGAAGACUUGUUUAAAAAAUUCAACUCUGAAAUGAAAAAGAUUGCCGAUCAAGUCAUCCCGAAGCAGCGGGCGGCUCAGUUCGACGUCGUAAAGCAUAUGCGGCAAGACCAGAUCACCAACGGCAUGGUGAACGCCAUAUCCUCGGGGAACUGGUCGCUGAAAAGAUUCAAGAUGGACCGCCAAGGUGUGACGCAGGUGCUGUCUAGAUUAUCUUUUAUCGCAGCUUUGGGGAUGAUGACCAGGAUCUCGUCUCAGUUUGAAAAGACCAGGAAGGUUAGCGGGCCGCGAUCCCUGCAGCCAUCGCAGUGGGGCAUGCUGUGUCCGUCCGAUACUCCUGAAGGAGAGGCCUGCGGUCUGGUUAAGAAUCUCGCGCUGAUGACGCAUAUCACGACUGACAUGGAAGACGGCCCGAUAAUCAAGCUGGCCGGUAACCUUGGCGUGGAAGAUGUCAAUCUGCUGUGCGGGGAAGAGCUCUCCUACCCCAACAUUUUCAUCGUCUUCCUUAAUGGUAACAUUCUCGGCGUUAUACGAGAUCAUCAAAAGCUAGUGAACACGUUCCGUUUAAUGCGACGAGCCGGCUACAUCAAUGAGUUUGUGUCUAUUUCCACGAACCUCACCGACAGAUGUGUGUACAUAUCCUCUGACGGGGGAAGACUGUGCAGACCGUAUAUCAUCGUGAAAAACCAAAGACCCGCCGUUACAAAGAAACACAUCCAAGAACUUUCUCAAGGAUACAGGACUUUUGAAGAUUUCCUCCAUGAGAGUCUCGUGGAAUAUUUGGAUGUCAAUGAAGAGAAUGAUUGUAACAUAUCCCUCUAUGAACAUAGCAUCACAAAGCAGACGACGCACUUGGAAAUCGAGCCGUUCACUCUGCUUGGCGUCUGCGCGGGGCUCAUCCCGUACCCCCACCACAACCAGUCCCCCAGAAACACAUACCAGUGUGCUAUGGGCAAGCAAGCCAUGGGGACAAUUGGAUACAACCAGAGGAACAGGAUUGACACGCUCAUGUACCUGUUGGCCUACCCACAAAGGCCGAUGGUUAAAACCAAGACAAUCGAACUGAUCGAUUUCGAGAAACUUCCGGCCGGCCAGAACGCCACCGUUGCCGUAAUGAGUUACAGCGGCUACGACAUUGAAGAUGCCCUCGUACUUAACAAGGCUUCUUUAGACAGAGGGUUUGGCCGGUGCCUCGUCUACAAAAACGCAAAAUGUACCCUGAAACGCUACAGCAACCAGACCUUCGAUAAGGUGAUGGGGCCGAUGCUGGACGCUAACACUCGCAAACCCAUCUGGAGGCAUGAGAUCCUGGACGCCGAUGGAAUUUGCUCUCCAGGAGAAAAAGUCGAAAACAAGCAGGUUCUUGUCAACAAAUCCAUGCCGACCGUCACGCAGACUCCUCUGGAGGGAAGUGCCGUGCCGCAGCAGCCCCAGUACAAAGACGUCCCAGUAACUUACAAAGGGUCCACGGAGUCGUACAUCGAGAAAGUGAUGAUUUCUUCAAAUGCGGAAGACGCGUUCCUGAUUAAGAUCCUUCUCAGACAAACGAGACGGCCGGAGAUCGGAGACAAGUUCAGCAGUCGUCACGGACAGAAAGGCGUCUGCGGGUUAAUUGUGCCACAAGAGGACAUGCCGUUUUGUGAUACGGGGAUCUGCCCGGAUAUAAUCAUGAAUCCUCAUGGUUUCCCAUCUCGUAUGACGGUUGGGAAGUUGAUUGAACUUCUGGCUGGGAAAGCUGGAGUCUUGGACGGUCGGUUUCAUUACGGAACGGCCUUCGGAGGUAGUAAAGUGAAGGACGUGUGCGAAGAUCUAAUUCGACACGGAUACAACUACUUGGGAAAAGAUUAUGUAACAUCUGGCAUCACCGGCGAGCCCCUGGAGGCUUACAUCUAUUUUGGACCCGUCUACUACCAGAAACUCAAGCACAUGGUGCUGGACAAGAUGCAUGCCCGAGCCAGAGGUCCGAGAGCCGUUCUUACCAGGCAACCCACGGAAGGUCGAUCCCGCGAUGGUGGCCUUCGACUUGGAGAAAUGGAACGCGAUUGCCUGAUAGGGUACGGGGCCAGCAUGUUGCUGUUGGAGAGGCUGAUGAUUUCUAGCGAUGCCUUUGAGGUGGAUGUUUGCGGACAAUGUGGUUUGCUCGGCUAUUCGGGCUGGUGCCAUUACUGCAAGUCUUCCUGCCACGUGUCGUCUUUGCGGAUCCCGUAUGCAUGCAAACUACUAUUUCAAGAGCUCCAGUCCAUGAAUAUUAUACCUAGACUCAAACUGUCGCGGUAUAAUGAGUAAAAAAAGUCAGAUUUAAUGUCGUUAUUGAUCUGUAUUGAUUUGGUUAAAAAGAAGAUCCAUCUGUUUUUACUGUUAAUAUUUUGCUGCAUUUUGGGGGGGAAACUGAUGAAUCCCUCUGUACAUUGAAGAG